UAACUGAAAACUUAAAUCAACAGAUAGGAAUAGAACUAUUACUAUUACGAAAUCCACCUGGAUGCUUGAAGGACAUAGGGAAGGAUGAGCUAUUACGGCAGCAGCUAUCCGAUUGUAAACGUGGACCCCAAAUACCCAGGCUACCCCCCAGAGCACAUCGUAGCUGAGAAGAGAAGAGCCAGAAGACGUCUGCUCCACAAAGAUGGCAGCUGUAAUGUGUACUUCAAGCACAUUUUUGGAGAAUGGGGGAGCUACGUGGUUGACAUUUUCACCACCCUGGUAGAUACCAAGUGGCGCCACAUGUUUGUGAUAUUUUCUUUAUCCUAUAUUCUCUCCUGGUUGAUAUUUGGCUCUAUCUUCUGGCUCAUUGCCUUUCAUCACGGUGAUCUGUUAAAUGAUCCAGACAUCACACCUUGUGUUGACAACGUCCAUUCCUUCACCGCGGCAUUUUUAUUCUCCCUGGAAACCCAGACCACCAUAGGUUACGGUUACCGCUGUGUCACUGAAGAAUGCUCUGUGGCCGUACUCAUGGUGAUCCUUCAGUCCAUCUUGAGCUGCAUCAUAAAUACCUUCAUCAUUGGAGCCGCCUUAGCCAAAAUGGCAACCGCUCGAAAGAGAGCCCAAACCAUUCGGUUUAGCUAUUUUGCACUCAUAGGGAUGAGAGACGGGAAACUUUGCCUCAUGUGGCGCGUUGGUGAUUUCCGACCAAACCACGUGGUAGAAGGCACAGUGAGAGCCCAACUUCUCCGCUACACAGAAGACAGCGAAGGGCGGAUGACGAUGGCCUUUAAAGACCUAAAGUUGGUUAAUGAUCAGAUCAUUCUUGUCACACCAGUAACUAUUGUUCAUGAAAUUGACCAUGAGAGCCCUCUGUAUGCCCUUGACCGAAAAGCAGUGGCCAAAGAUAACUUUGAGAUUUUGGUGACAUUUAUCUAUACUGGUGAUUCCACGGGGACUUCCCACCAAUCCAGAAGUUCCUACGUUCCCCGAGAAAUUCUCUGGGGCCACAGGUUCAAUGACGUCCUGGAAGUUAAGAGAAAGUAUUACAAGGUGAACUGCUUACAGUUUGAGGGGAGCGUGGAAGUCUAUGCCCCCUUCUGCAGUGCCAAACAACUGGACUGGAAAGACCAGCAGCUCCACAACAUGGAAAAAACCCCUCCGGUCCGAGGACCUGGCACGUCAGACACCAAGGUCAGAAGAAGGUCAUUUAGCGCGGUUGCCAUUGUCAGCAGUUGUGAAAACCCAGAGGAGACCACCACCUCGGCCACGGAUGAGUGUAAGGAAGCACCUUAUCAGAAAGCUGUCUUGACUUUAAAUAGAAUCUCUGUAGAAUCCCAAAUGUAGUUCAAAUUGUGAUCACGAGGGCUCCCACCCAAUCAUUUUACUCUGUAGCCAGUCACCUCGAGGCGAGUAGUUAUACAAGGGCUUUUAAGGGAUGUUAUAGCUAUGUGCCAUGGUGAUAGGGGAUAAGAAGAACAUGUUAAAUCUGGUGAAAGAUCAUCUAAACAUGACAUAGUACCCAAUUGUUUAAACUCUUUUUUUUUUUGCUAGCAAAUUUUGUAUUAG